AUGGAGAGACACAUGGUCAGGGCACCAAUGCACAAGCACUUUGAUUUGGAGAGGAAGACCACCAAGCAGGCUGAAGCCAGACUCAGCCAAAGCCUGCAGAGAUUAGAGGACCUCUGCCGCUACAAUAUGAAGCUGCUGGCCAGGGAGCAGAGGCAGCUUCAAAAGGAGCUGCAGAGAUUGCAGCAAGCAGAUAUCAUCAGAAAAAAGUUUUCCUCUUAUUUGGCGAAUGGAAUCCAGGAGAGACGAGAAGAUGUCCUUGUGUUCUCACCACAGGGAGGGCAGAAGCACAGAGCCUCACAACCUCAUAAAUUUAUAGCAUUGGCAACCAAUAUGCCCCAAGAAAAAUAUAAAACUAAGUUCGAGAUGCCUCCUUUCCAUCCCACUGGCCUCAAAGACCACAUGAGAAGGAAAGGCCAAUCACUAUCUCAAAAUUACAAAACUACUUGCUUCACUGAAGAGAAGCUACAAGCCCAAGAGAAAGAUUCUAUAAACCCACCUAAAGGUACAGACUCCAACAAGAGCACCUCAAUCCUAGGUCAGGAUCAAGAAGUCUCCACCAGCAUCCGAGGACAUCCUGGCUCCACCUCUGCUGAUGAGAGUGGAACACAAUGUGUUGAUGAAAUCAGAUCAACAGAGGCCAACCUACAGUCAGACCAGGACACUGUGAAAGAAAUUCCCCCAAAUCCCAAGGAAUGUGCCUCUGUAGGAGACGUCAAAGCAGAGGCCACAAAGUCAACCUACUUAGAGUUGUUUGCAAAGGCCAGAAAUGCCCGCUAUCUCCGGCACAGGGUUCCUCCUGAGUCGGAAAGGUUGCUUAGCACUGAGGAGAUAUUUGGGCAUGAGAAAUCCUUACCAUACAAAGAAGAAAAGGAGUGUGAGAACAGGCUGACCACCUAA